ACGGAGAUGGCUUGCGCUUCCAAAGGGCAGAGAGGUCCCGGGGAUGUGCUCCCUCGCGACUCGCGGAUCACGUCGCUGCAGACUCAAGCUGCCGAGAAGCAAGAUGGCAGGCAGGUCUCGGAAGCUUUGCAACACCGCAGGGCUGGAGGCCAUGGUCUGCGGCGGAGGAGGGUCUUGAGGUCACGAUGAAUCCGCGCUUACGGCGCUGGCUCGGGACCAGGCACGGCGGAAACAACCUCUGGCGCGUCGCGCUCCCCCAACCGCGAUGGCGCGCAAAAGGCGUUGCGGUACCUGGCCGGGUUUUGGCAUCGGACCAUAUUCCUUGGCCGACACAUCCAUCGAUGAUGGUCGAAGAAGAACAUGUCAAAACAGCGCUGGCGUCCCCCAUUAGCCUUGGUACUUCUCGCUUCAGCAAUCCGGAGUCGAUCAUCCUGGCUUUUCCCCGUUGCCCUUCCAUCCACCAGCUCCUCCGGCAGGCGCGUCUCCGAGAACACAUGUCGCAACUCAUGUCGGAACAAAGUCCACAGUCGACGGGCCCGCCUACGCCACCUUGGGAGUCCUCAGCGUACGCGUCCUCUGACACGCAAACGGAACGGUCAUCCACGAAACACCGAGGAGUGGGGGAGUGGGGAGCUGGGGCAUCCGUACUCGAGCUGCUGGUUCGACAUGCUUCGUUCGAAGUUCUGCUCGCUCUCCGGACUGUUUCGCAUCGAUUUUGCGACAAAGUCGAUGCGCGCCUGGCCGAAUACCUGAUCAUCACUGAGCAGGGAGACCUUCCUGCCACCAUACGAGCACCAGAGGGCCGGGUGCCAGCUCUGCGACCUCUAGAAGGCGCAGCACUUAGAGCCAGCGGGCCACCAUCCCCCGAAUCUCUUCUGGGACUAGCUAAACAGCUCAAGUCUACGCGGGUGCUCGACUUUGCCGGCCCAAUAACGGAUAAACCCGCUGCCCACAUCAUUGCUCUCCUCAAGCAUCGUGUGACCCUUCGAUUACGAGCCAACGCCCUAGGCCAGCGUACCCUUGCACUCGGGCAGCAUCUUGGACCAGAAGACUCACUUGCAAUGUACUUCCAGGUCAUGCGGCACGUUUCCCGGCUCGUCAUGUUCACCCCGAUGUGGGAUCUGCUCUCGCCGAAUAUGCGGUACCACGACUUUGGCCACCCAAUGCUGGAUAAACUGGUCCUCAACAAGUUCGUGCUCAACGUCUCGUUCGACCCAGCAUCACUCUCGGCGCCUCCAGACAUUGUCGAUACAGAGUAUCCAACGGGCACUCAAUCACUCGUCGUCAUAUUCCGGGCCAAGCCUGCCCCUCUACUGAGGACAUCGAACUUCAACUUGGACAUCGUGAGGGCUUCCUCGAGCCUCAGCCUAAGCCCAGCCAGUGAGGAGCCCGACAUCACACUAGCCGACCUCCGAGCGCAUAUGGACGCGAUCUUCACCGACUUCGCCUUCUACCUCUACGACAUCCAGCAUACGCUCAUCAAUAUCGGCGACCUCAACCCGGCCUGGAUAGGGGCGAACCCCACCGCUCCCCCACACACUUGGGAGGACGUCAUUCGCCACAAAAUUCGCGGCCAUGUGCGAGCGCACCGCCCCGACCUUGCAGCGGCCGAGCUGGAGGAACUCCUUGCCCGUAACCUCCGCUUCAUGACCCUCGAGGAGUACGAGCGGGAGAUUGGUCCCUCUGAGUUCCGCAUUGAGACGGUGGAGACCGUUUGAGGGGCGGGCAGUUCAACCACGCCCACCUUGUUUCCAUCUCGCCUCCUCUUAUUCCGCCUCCUCUAUUCGUCUCGCUUUCCGCCUCCUUAUACUGUAAGUC